AUGCCGGAUGCGGCUUCGAUAAGAUCUGUCUCGCCUAGCGGCACCCAAGUGGACCAGAAGAGCGAUGCCGAGACAGCCCACCCCGACGCUGCCGACGAGAUAUCAUCGGCCGGUCCAGGCAACGGCAACGGCAAUGGCAACGGCAACGGCAAUGGCAACGGCAACGGCAAUGGCAACGGCAACGGCGCCGGCCAGACACCGGCCACCCCGCAGCAGCCCGACGGCCCGGUCUACACCGUCUUUUCGAGCCGCAUGAAGAUCUUCCUUGUCGUCAUGACGGCCUUCGGCACCCUGUUUUCGCCCUUCUCUUCCUUCAUCUACCUGCCCGGCAUCACUCCCAUCGCGCAGGAGUACGGGCGGUCGGUAGCCGACAUCAAUCUUUCCGUGACGCUGUACCAGGUCAUGCAGGCCAUUGCGCCGCUGUUUUUCGGCGACCUCUCAGACAGCAUCGGACGGCGCCCGGUGUACCUGCUGACCUUCACCAUCUAUCUCGGGGCCAACAUCGGGCUCGCGCUGCAGGACAACUACGCCGCGCUGCUGGUGCUGCGCGCCAUGCAGAGCACGGGAAGCUCGGCGACGGUGGCUAUUGGUAGCGCCGUGAUGGCGGAUUUUGCAACGUCGGCGGAGCGGGGUGGGUUCGUCACGGCUGUGCAAGCGUCCGUCAUGUUCGCCCCAGCGCUGGCUCCCGUGCUCGGCGGCAUCUUGACGCAGUUCCUGGGCUGGCGUUCUACGUUCUGGUUUCUUACCAUUGGAGCUGGCCUCUUCCUGUCCAUCUACAUUCCCUUUGUGCCAGAGACCGCAAGGAAAAUCGUCGGCAACGGCUCCAUCCCCCCUCCUAGACUGAACGCGUCUUUCACAUCUGGCUGCGGAGGCCGGAACAAGCGUCGCAACGACAUCGAAUCCCAGCAGCUCCCGCCCCGCGGGUCACAGAAAAUCCCGAUACCAAACAUCUUCGCGGCGAUCCGCAUCAUCUUCGAAAAGGACGUCGGGCUGCUGAUGCUCUUCAUGUCGCUGUUCGUCAUGACCAACUACGCCAUGCUGGUGCCGCUGCAGGACGUGAUCCGGAAGCGAUAUAACUUCAACGACGUGCAGGUCGGCCUCUGCUUCAUCCCGUUCGCGGCCGGGUCCGUGGCGGGCGCGACCGUGGUCGGCCGGCUGCUGAACUGGAACUACGCGCGCGUGGCCAAAAGCGUGGGCGUGUCGCCGGACCGCAAGCGCGGCGACGACCUGCGGCGGUUCCCCAUCGAGCGCGCGCGCCUCGGGCUCGUCUGGCCCUGGGCCCUCGUGGCCUUCGCCGCCAUCCUGUCGUGGGGCUGGGUCGUCAGCUCCGGCACCAGCCUCGCCGCGCCGCUCGUGGUGCUGUUCUUCGCCGGCGCCGGCCUCGCCGGGCCCGUCAGCAUCUUUACCACGCUGCUCGUCGACCUGUAUCCGUACAACCCCGGCCGCGUGUCGUCGAGCUGGAAUCUCGCUCGCGCGGCGUUCAGCGCCGUCGGCAGCGCCAUUGUGCAGUACCUGAUCGAUGCGAUUGGCUAUGGGCUUACCUAUUUGUUUUUCGGGCUUCUUGUCGUGGCCGCAAGCCCGUCCGUCUGGAUCGUCAUGAAGCACGGGCCCAAGUGGCGCGAGGAGCGGUACCAGCGCUUCGAGAAAGAGCAGGAGAGGCAGGGUGAGGAGAGGAAGCUGAGAGAAGACAGGGAAAAGGAGAGGAGUCCAAGGCGUGUGAUUUGA